AUGAUUUUCUUAUCGUACAAAGAACAUGACCAACGGGCAGGUGCUGGUCCCAACCCCCAUCAGCUGACACCACUUGUCGAGACUGUUUUGAAUGUUAUCGGGAACGAUUCCCCGACCCUCUGCGGGAUUGACGUCAUCAUCGGUGACAUCGAAAACUGCUCCACAAAGAAGAGUAUGCAGCAGCAUCAGAGAGCAAGAAACAACGAACGUUGGACAGCACUCUGGCACCAUAUCAACAACACGCGAAAAAGAAGUUGGCUCCAUCAGACUCGUUUCAAAAAAAGUUUAAUCAGUACCUUGCCAAAAUGA